UUUUUUUUAUUGAAGUAUUUUUUAUUUUUUCAUCUACAGCUGAAACAGAUCCAACAAAGAUCAAAGUCUUACGUAAUGUGAUCUCACAUUAUUUAAAUAAGGCUGAAUCAUGUAAACAACGACGUGAAGCUCAACGCUUAGAUUUAGCUAUAGAAAAAAUCAAACAAGAUUCAGAAAAUGACGUAACAAUUAUGAAUGAAUCGAUUGAUGAAGAAAAAAAACAACCAUCAUCUUUGCAACAAACUUGUCAUUUACAGUGA